UGGCAACACUUUCGCUCGGAUAAAAAAAUGUCGGUUUCAGAAAUGUCAUGCUUGUUGUUCGGAUGCUGAUGCAUGAUGUUUUAUCGUUUGAGGAGAGGUCGAUUAUGGCGAAUGCUUCACGUAUUUCAUUCACAAAUUUCGCCUUAUUGUUCACUCUCGAAAUUCAAAGACAAUGGCGCCUACGUCAAUUUUCAAAAAUAUUCUUGGUUAGAAAAACAAUUGUUGCUGACACUUUCCAAUCUUAGCAGAACAAAUUCUCUUAGCUGUCAGUUGUUAGAUUGUCACACUUUGAAAAGAGAAUAUCAUGCUUUAUCAAAUUUUCCUCACAGAAGUAAUAUCUUAGCAUUAUCUGAUCUGAAUUCAAAUUCUAUAAAGCGAUGGCUACGGAUAACAAACAGUUGGAACUCCCAGAAUAAUAAAAGCGAUAAAAAUAAGAAAGAUGACGACGAUGAUGAAUCUAAAGUUUCUUUGCUGGCAAAAGCUGCAAUAUGGAUGAUGACAGCUUACAUAGUAAUAACGUUAAUAUCCCUUAUGUUUCCAAGCAGCAAUCAACCCGACAUUCUCCGUUACGUGUCUUGGAAUGAAUUUGUUCACCAAAUGCUCGCAAAAGGAGAGGUUGAAGAGGUGAUUGUUCGACCUGAAUUGAAUCUUGUCAUCAUUUAUUUAUACGAUAAUGCAGUGAUUAAGGGGAAAAGGGUAGAACACAAGACUUAUCACAUGAAUAUUCUUGACGUGGAAAAUUUUGAAGAGAAAUUACGACAAGCCGAAGAAAAUCUCGGUAUUAAACCCGAACAGUGCGUUCCCGUAGUUUACGAAAGAAAUCAAGAAAGUACUUGGUUAUUACUCGUAUCUUUAGUGGCAGUCUCAUUAAUGAUUUUAUUGAUGUUUAGAAGCGUUCAAAUCAAAACUCCACAGGCAAUGGAUUUUUUUUCUCAGUUUGGAAGAGCAAAAUUCACAAUUGUGGAUCCUUUAACUGGAUCUGGUAAAGGAGUGCGUUUCAAAGAUGUUGCCGGAUUAAAAGAAGCUAAAAUAGAAAUAAUGGAAUUUGUGGACUACCUCAAAAAACCAGAACGUUACACGCGUCUUGGUGCUAAAGUACCUAAAGGAGUUUUGUUGCUCGGACCACCCGGAUGCGGUAAAACUAUGCUGGCAAAAGCAGUAGCAACGGAGGCCAAUGUCCCAUUUUUGGCAAUGGCUGGCUCUGAAUUUAUUGAAAUGAUUGGUGGUCUUGGAGCCGCACGAGUAAGAGAUCUAUUUCGAGAAGGAAGAAAAAGGGCACCUUGUAUUAUAUAUAUUGACGAAAUUGAUGCAAUUGGUCGUAAAAGAAGUACUGGGAAUAUAGAAGGCGUUACGGGCGAAGAAGAGCAGACUCUUAACCAAUUAUUAGUGGAAUUAGAUGGUAUGGCUACAAAAGAAGGUGUAAUUAUGUUAGCUUCAACAAAUCGAUCUGAUGUUUUAGACAAGGCAUUACUUCGACCGGGUCGAUUCGAUCGUCACAUCAUGAUCGACUUGCCCACUCUAGCCGAGAGAAAAGAGAUAUUCGAACAACACUUGCAGUCUAUUACUCUAGUUCAUCCUCCCCAACAGUAUUCACAAAGGUUAGCACAAUUAACGCCCGGUUUUAGUGGUGCAGAUAUUGCUAAUGUGUGCAAUGAGGCGGCUCUUCACGCUGCGAGGUAUAAAAAGUCAUCUGUAAGUGCCGAAGAUCUCGAAUAUGCAGUAGAGAGAGUAGUUGGAGGUACAGAAAAAAGAAGCCAAGUCCUUUCGCCAGAAGAGAAAAAAGUGAUUGCUUAUCACGAAUGCGGGCACGCAAUAAUGGGUUGGAUGUUGAAAUAUACCGACGCUUUAUUAAAGGUGUCGAUUGUUCCCAGAACGACAAAUGUACUCGGAUUUGCACAAUAUCUCCCAUCCGACCAAAAACUCUAUUCUUCCGAAGAAUUAUUUGAAAAAAUGUGCAUGGCACUUGGCGGAAGAGUGGCGGAAUCUUUAACAUUUAAUAAAAUAAGCACAGGAGCACAAGACGAUUUAAAGAAAGUAACCAAAAUGGCCUACGCCCAGAUUAAACACUUUGGAAUGGAUCCCAUUGUGGGUCUGUUGUCUUUUCCUACCGAAGAAGAAAUGGGAAAUUUCAUAGGAAGGAAACCUUACAGUAAACGUUUGGCUAGAACUAUUGACGAGCAAGCACAGAUAUUAGUAGCCAAAGCCUACAAACAUACUGAACGUAUCCUUAUGGAUAAUGCCGAUAAGUUGAAAGUGUUGGCAGAAUCUUUACUGGAAAAGGAAAUUCUGAAUUACGACGACAUAGAGAAGUUAUUGGGUCCGCCACCUCACGGAAAGAAACAAUUAAUCGAAAAUCUCGACUGGGGUCCGCUCAAAGAAGAAACUAAACCGACCGGCGACACCCAAAAUAAGAAAAUCUCCAGAGACGAGACAAAAAUUAGUUCUAAAACUAAGUGAAAAAAAAAAUUAUUUCUGCUUACAGGAAUGUAAAAUAAAUUAUUUUAUGACAAUAAAUAUACUUUAAUUGUUUUGCUAAA